GUUUUCCUGAUCAUAGCAGCUGGAAAAGGUAUUAGUCAAAGCAAUUUCACUACUUGGACCAAUAUAACAAAUAAUUCAAAAUGGCUAUUGCAAAAAAUAACACUCUUUUAAAAAAUCAUUUCAAGAAACACUGGCAAGAACGUGUCAAAGUUCAUUUUGAUCAAGCCGGUAAAAAGGUUGCUAGAAGAAUCGCCAGAGCCAAAAAAAUUGCUGGUGUUGCUCCCAAACCUCUUGAUCUUCUAAGACCUAUUGUCAGAGCUCCAACUGUUAAAUAUAAUAGAAAGGUCAGAGCUGGUAGAGGAUUCACAUUAGCUGAAUUAAAAGCCGCUAGUUUGAACGCUGCUUAUGCCAGAACCAUUGGUAUUGCUGUUGAUCACAGAAGACAAAAUAGAUCAGUUGAAGGAUUUGAUAUCAAUGUACAAAGAUUAAAAGACUAUAAAGCCAGAUUAAUUGUUUUCCCAUCUAAGACUUCUAAGGCUGCCAAACCAAAUGUUAGCGCAUCUGAAAGUAACUUGGUUAACUUCCCAAUUGCUCAAAUUGCUACUGAUGUUGAAGCCAGAGCUGUUAAGGUUCCCGAAACUGCUGCUUACAGAACAUUAAGAAUUGCUAGAUCUGAUAAGAAAUAUAAGGGUAUUCGUGAGAAACGUGCUAGAGAAAAGGCUGAGGCUGAAGCUGAAAAGAAAUCUAAAAAGAAAUAAGUUAAAUAAUUGUAUUUCAUUUUAUUAGAUUAAAUUAAAUUAAAUUAAGUAAUUUUAUUUUUCAAUAGGUUUCAAUAAUUAAUAACUAAAACUAAUUAAAAAAUUCUAUAAUAUUAGUAAACAUUUAUAUAUAGUUUAAGGAUGUAAUAGGAGCUUAUAAUAUUAUAAUUAUAUAUGUAAAAUUUUCUACUUA